GUCACCAUGUUGUGGAAAUUAGCAGACAACGUCAAGUAUGAGGAUGACUGCGAGGAGAGACACGACGGCGGCAGCAAUGGCAACCCGCGGCUGCCCCACCUGCCGGCGGUCAGCCAGCACGUCUACAGCCCGUCUCCCUCCCUCUCGCACUCGGCCAGCUCCGACUUCCAGCCGCCCUACUUCCCGCCCCCUUACCAGCCCAUCUCCUACCCGCAGUCCGGCGACCCUUACGCCCACCUGGGCGACCCCUUCAACAUCAACUCCCUGCACCAGUCGCCGUCGUCCAACCAGCAGCAGCCGUGGCCGGGGCGCCAGGGCCAGGAGGGGCUGGCGGCGCACGCCAGGAGCGGCCUGGCCGGCCAGAUCCUCGGCCUGGAGGGCGGCGGAGGAGGCUCGUCCGCCGGGGUGAGGAGGGAAGGCUUCCGCCGGCCCGAGCUGCUGCCCCCGCACGCCCACGGCAUCGAGGCGUCGGUGAUCGGCGAGAGCAUGCAGGGCAUGCACGAGAUGGGCCACGGGAUGGAGGACGUGCAGCACGUGGAUGACCACAGUCUGAUCAUGGCAGAUCAGACAGUCAUCAAAAAAGUAUUAGGACUGCGAGGGGCCAGGAGCCUUGAUCGCGUACAGAGGACUUGUUAUCAGGGGGGCAUCCUUGGGGGGCCCGUGACUCUCCCCAAAGGCAACGCGCUGGGCCUCCCCUUCCAGAAGGAGUCCCUGCUGGGCAUGGUGUCCAACCCCACGGAGGUAUUCUGCUCCGUCCCGGGUCGCCUCUCCCUGCUGAGCUCCACGUCCAAGUACAAGGUGACGGUGGCCGAGGUCCAGAGGCGACUCUCGCCGCCGGAGUGCCUGAACGCGUCGCUGCUGGGAGGAGUUUUACGCAGAGCCAAAUCAAAAAACGGAGGUCGCUCGCUGCGAGAAAAACUGGACAAAAUUGGGCUCAACUUGCCUGCGGGACGAAGGAAGGCGGCUAACGUCACUCUACUUACCUCGCUUGUGGAAGGUGAAGCUGUUCAUUUAGCCCGUGACUUCGGUUACGUGUGCGAGACGGAGUUUCCUGCCAAGGCCAUCGCGGAGUACCUGGGCAGGCCGCAUGUAGAACGCAACGAGGUUAACUCUCGCAAGAACAUGCUCCUCGCUGCCAAGCAAAUCUGCAAGGAGUUCACCGACCUCCUCACCCAGGACCGUUCGCCGCUGGGCAACUCGCGUCCAGCGCCCAUCCUGGAGCCGGGCAUCCAGGGCUGCCUGACCCACUUCAGCCUCAUCAGCCACGGCUUCGGCUCGCCGGCCAUCUGCGCCGCCAUGACCUCGCUGCAGAACUACCUGAACGAGGCCCUCAAACAAGUGGACAAGAUGUACCUGAGCUCCGACACGCAGGGAGCCUCCGACGGCGGCGGCGGCAAAUCCUCCGACAAACUGGACAAGCACAGGAAAUGAGACCAGCAAGCCCCCCCCCCGCCCCCCCCGCUCCCUGUGAACUCCAAUACCCCUGGUACGCCCGGCCCCUUCCAAUCUAGUAUUGUCGCACGGGGCUGUGUUCGAAAUCACUCCCUAUUCACUAUAUAGUACACUAAAUAGUGAGUCGGCUAUUUUGUAUUGUAUUGUAUUUUCCCUAUGUCGCGGGUGUCCAAACGUUGUCCUCCGAGGGCCGCGUACAGACCAAUGGAAGGAUGCUAGGGCUACUUUGAUUCAUACUUUCAUUUACUAAACACAUGCGGAAACCCUGUAUGUCCAAAGGCGGGCAGUUUUAUUUUAUUUUGUUCGAUUUUUUUCCCGUUAUUUUUACACAUUAUUGGGUGUGUUGUAAAUAGCUUGAAAAGAAAUCAACAAAUUAACUCUCUUGUAGACUUCAACUGCCUGAGAAGUUUCUCCACCACUUCCUCAUUCUGCGGGAGCUUUGCGGCGUUGCGUCGCCUCAAGAUUGAGACAGAUGAGAUGAUCAAAUACAUCCCACGAUGCAAUUGCGCUGAUGCAGAGAAAUUAAAACACGGAUGGAGAUCAACUCAAGUACUUUGAGAUACAACAAUAUCAUGUUGUUAUAAUUUAUUAGUUUGUUCGGGAUUUAUUAUCACCUCUAUAGCCCACUAUAUAAAAAUCAAUUUCAGCGGACAUUUUAGGGACUAAGUAGGUCUGCUAUGUAAAAAUCCCUUUGUAGUAAUUAGGGAUCGGGAAUUAAUGAAUGAUUCCGAACGCAGUUGCUGCGUUUCAAAUCUUUCACUCAUUCCUUACCCAAUUCGCUGUGUGGAUUUCUAGUGGCCAUUUUAGUGAACUACAGUAUGUUAUCCACUAAAAUGAAACGCUGUAUAUAGUGAUUAGGGAAUGAGUGAACGAUUCCGAACACAGCCGCUGUUUCUCCGAGGCAGCUGCCGGGCAACUUGGAGGAUCGGCGCAUGCUCUUUUUUCUCCUGCCUUCAAGAGGACAUCAUUUCAAGAUGAGUUGCUGUGAGCCCCCCUUCCUUCCUUCCUUCCUCCCUCCCUCCUUCCUCCUCCUCAGUGGAGUCUGGAGGCAAAUCCUCUGAUUUCCUGUGUCUCGGCGGACUCGUAAAAGGACAACUUUUUUUUUUUUU